AAUUUAUAUUGUUUAUAUUAUUUUAUUUUUUUUAUAAAAAAAUAAAAUAAAUAUCUAAUAAUGAGCACUGUAAGAGAGAGAUUUGCAGAGGUACAACAAGCACUCGAUGAGGUGCACAGUUUGGUGGAUAGUAAUACACCAUCCGAUUUAAAUAAAGCAGCAACUAUUUUAAAAUCAUUGUUACCAAUUUAUAAAGAUUUAACUAAUAAUGAAGAAAGUAAAAGACCAGAAAAUUUAGAAAUUUUAAAAGAAAUUAAAUCUAGAUUGACAGAGGAGACCCAAAGGGUUAUGGGUAAAAAAGAGGAGGCAAAAAAUCUACAAUUACAGCAACAACAGCAACAGGAGCAGCAAUUACGUCAACAACAGCAACAACAAAUUUUAGAGAGUACAAAUAGAAGCAGAGCAUUCACAUCGCCAGAAUUACCAAAGCCAUCACUUCUUCAAGGUUAUUUAAAGAAACAGGGUGAAAAAGGUAUAGUCAGAGCAUUCAAAAAGAGAUGGUUUCAACAACGUGAAUCAAAAUUAUAUUAUUUCGAAAAAGAAGGUGACAAAGAAUCAUUUGGCUUCAUUAAUUUACCAGAUAUGAUUGGUGUUAAAACUGUAGAUAGUGGUUUCGAAUUAGCAACACCAACUCGUGUUUAUAUAUUUCAGGUUUUAAAACCAUCCGAUUUAAAUUACUGGACUGAGGGUUUAAAAGAUUAUAAAAAGUAUUAUCAAUCAUUACAAAAUAGUCAAAAGUUUGGAAAUGAUUCACCAGGUUUAUCAUCCUCAAAUUCAUAU